UCACGCCUCUUCACCGUCCUCAUCUGCGCAGGAAUGGAUUGACACCAGCAGAAGAGCCCAAUGUGUGCUGCACUCCUGUGUGUAUGUGCGCGUGUGUGAGUGUGUGCCUGGAUACAUACCUAGGAACAGAUACAAGGCGUCGUCCCACUUCUGGAACGGCAGUGUUGUGUCAUGUCGAUGAAGCAGCUCCACAAUGGAGUCCACUAUCGCCUGCGACUGCUUUGCCAGUCCAAGCGUCUCGCCGUGCACCAGUGCGCCGGCCUUCUCGUCGUAUUUGUAGAAGUGGCAGCGACGUAAGGUGUCCACUAUGCAGCCGUAUCUCAAAGCCUGCUCACACACACACACACACACACACACAAAUGCAUAGAACAAGACCUCACCCCUCUGGCGUGGCGCGACCAAUGGCGCGACCAACCUCUUUCUCGAGGCGCAACUUGAGGGCAUCCUCCGGCUUCGCGUCCCGGUCAAUGCCGACCAGCACCCACACCUUCCUCGGGUAUUCAUCUAUCAGUUCUGGGGCGUUCGUGUCCUUCUCAAUCAAAAAGGACACUGAGAUGGCGUCAUUGUCUUGGUCAUAUGGCCUGGCCCGAACACGCCAGUCGGUCUGGAGCUGCAUCUGCUCGAACAGCGGCCACACAUAGUAACACACCGUCAGCAGAUUCCGCUGCUUCAGGUCUGCCUGCAAGAAGCUGCACAUAAUUAGACAGACAAACCACGCAGCACACACAGCACAGAGAAACCACGAGGCGGAAAGACAAUGAUGCUGGCCUGGCUGUCUCUCCCUCCCAUGUCCAUCUGCCUGCGUGUGUUGGUCUGUGACGUACUCUCCGCCGAUCCUGCCAGCCAUCCAUUGCCUGUUGACUAAUUCGUCAGGGAGUUUGAUCCUGGGCAGCGGUGGGAGGUGCUGCCGGACUUCUUCAGCACCACGCCCAUACACAGCACCAGCGGGAGUGCCUGAAGCCACCGACACCCACGCAUGGAUACAGCACAGCACACGGAUGUAAUAUAUAUCUGCGUGGCACGGACCCCGUUUCAUUUCAUGCAGUGCAGUGCAGUACGUAAGUGAUCUCACCCGGCGGCACACCAUCUGGCUGUGGCUGCUUCGACGGCACAGCUGCUGAUGUCACCGUCGCCGGCAGCACACUUGCCGCCACCGCUUCUCUUUUCCACCAAUCUCGUGUGCCAGGUCUCUCAGGCACCGCCACGGGACCACCAUCACUCUGAUGGGAAAGAGAGAAGUCACAAAGAUCUCCGUGUGCGAUGCAGCCCUUGACCUGCUGGCGAACCUUUUUUGCCGCUGUCCGAAGCGCCCGGCGCGACGUCAGUGCGGUCUGGUGACCAAAGGGAGGCACAAACGAAUGCACCCCCCUGACAACGGCGGCGGACGAACUCGUGAGGGAGAAGAUGAUGAGCAAGCAACCCAUGAUGAAGUUCCUGUCGGGCUGCGUUCGCAACGGAACCGAAGGGGUUUCUUUGACCACUACACUCAGAGAGAGAGAGAGAGAGCUGUGUGUGUGCAUGACUGUGUCAUUUUGCACUAAAGGGGCUGGUUACCAUUGGCAGCGGCCGACGCGGCAGAUGAAGAUGGCUCGUCAGCUAUAGAGUCACCGGCUCCUUCACAAGCAGCAGCAGAGAUAGUCACAUCUGCGCACCUGCGAACAAACACAGGAUGAACAUCAUACGAGUGAAUGCGAUGAAUGGCGCCUCAUCGAUAUGUGAGCCGCCGAGGGGCUUGUUUUUCGCUUGCCGUACCUCCGUUGGCUCCUCGACAGCUGCAGCCCUGUCAGCCAUCGCCAGGCGUUGAACAUGCCGGGGAAGGAAACGGCUGAACGGCACUUGAAAGUGUCGGAAAUCUGCGACAAACACACAGACAUCACACACACUGUCACUGCUGAUGCCAGUAGGCCCUCCUGCCCGCCCUAUCUCACCUCAAUGCGUCAGAUCAACAGCACUCAGACAGAUGGGCGGCGCCAUCUCUGUGGAUCGAUGACAUCACGACAUCUCUUUGGGCAUCUCCCACAGACUCUGCAACGCCCCGCUGUCGCAAAACACGGAGAGAGAGGGGGCCUUGCUGCCUACAGUCCAAGCUCGCAGGGACAU